AUGCUGCCUGCCACACUGCCCCUUCUGGGGAUGCCCCUGCCCGGGGCAGGGGCGGGAGUGGCAGACGGGGCCGCCGGAGAGUCCGUCCUGCCCCCUGCGGGCUUGGCGCUGUUGCGCUGGCAGUGGCACGAGGUGGAGGCGCCCUACCUGGUGGCCGUGUGGAUUCUGGUGGCCAGCUUGGCCAAGAUUGUCUUCCACCUCUCCCGGAAGGUGACUUCUGUCGUCCCCGAGAGCUGCCUGCUGAUCUUACUGGGUCUGGUGCUGGGGGGCAUCGUCCUGGCUGUGGCCAAGAAAGCAGAGUACCAGCUGGAGCCGGGCACCUUCUUCCUCUUCCUACUACCCCCUAUUGUGCUUGACUCGGGCUACUUCAUGCCCAGUCGGCUCUUCUUUGACAAUCUGGGGGCCAUUCUGACCUAUGCUGUGGUGGGCACACUGUGGAACUCCUUCACUACAGGGGCUGCCCUUUGGGGCAUCCAGCAGGCUGGGCUUAUGGCUCCCACUGUCCAAGCUGGUUUGCUUGACUUUCUGCUCUUCGGAAGCCUGAUCUCUGCUGUGGACCCUGUGGCUGUCUUGGCCGUCUUUGAGGAGGUGCAUGUCAACGAGACCCUCUUCAUCAUAGUAUUCGGCGAGUCCCUGCUCAACGACGCAGUCACAGUGGUGCUGUAUAAGGUGUAUAACUCUUUUGUGGAGAUGGGCUCAGUCAAUGUUCAGGCUAUUGAUUAUGUGAAAGGAGUCGCCUCUCUCUUUGUGGUCAGUCUGGGCGGGGCAGCCGUGGGCUUAGUUUUUGCCUUCCUCCUGGCCCUGACCACACGUUUCACCAAGCGGGUCCGUAUCAUCGAGCCUCUGCUGGUCUUCCUCUUGGCCUAUGCUGCUUACCUCACAGCGGAGAUGGCCUCACUCUCCGCCAUCCUUGCAGUGACAAUGUGCGGUGUGGGCUGUAAGAAGUAUGUGGAGGCUAACAUCUCACACAAGUCCCGUACGGCUGUCAAGUAUACCAUGAAGACACUGGCCAGCUGUGCCGAGACAGUCAUUUUCAUGUUGCUUGGCAUCUCUGCUGUGGACUCCUCUAAGUGGGCCUGGGACACCGGGCUGGUGCUUGGUACCCUGUUCUUCAUCCUGCUCUUCCGUGCCCUCGGCGUAGUCCUGCAGACGUGGGUGCUGAACCAGUUCCGGCUGGUCCCUUUGGACAAGAUUGACCAGGUGGUGAUGUCCUAUGGGGGCCUGCGAGGGGCUGUGGCCUUUGCUCUCGUCAUCCUUCUGGAUAAGACCAAGGUCCCUGCCAAGGACUACUUUGUGGCAACCACCAUCGUGGUGGUCUUCUUCACAGUCAUCGUGCAGGGUCUAACCAUAAAGCCUCUUGUCAAGUGGCUAAAAGUGAAACGAAGUGACCACCACAAGCCCACCUUGAACCAGGAGCUACAUGAACAUACCUUUGACCAUAUUUUGGCAGCUGUGGAAGAUGUAGUUGGUCACCAUGGCUACCACUACUGGAGGGACAGGUGGGAACAGUUUGACAAGAAAUACUUGAGUCAGCUACUGAUGCGCCGGUCUGCCUAUCGUAUUCGGGACCAGAUCUGGGAUGUGUACUAUAAACUCAACAUUCGAGACGCCAUCAGUUUUGUGGACCAGGGAGGCCACGUCUUAUCCUCAGCAGGGCUCACGCUACCCUCCAUGCCUAGCCGUAACUCUGCAGCAGAGACCUCUGUCACCAACCUUCUGCGGGAAAGUGGCAGUGGUGCCUGCCUGGAUCUACAGGUGAUCGACACGGUUCGAAGCGGCAAGGACCGGGAGGAUGCCAUCAUGCAUCAUCUGCUCAGUGGAGGUCUCUACAAACCCCGUCGGAGGUACAAGGCCAGCUGUAGCCGCCAUUUUAUCUCAGAGGACGCUCAGGCCCGGCAGGACAAGGAAGUAUUUCAGCAGAACAUGAAGCGGAGACUGGAGUCCUUUAAGUCUACCAAGCACAAUGUGUGUCUCUCUAAGAGCAAGUUGCGGCUCCGCAAGGCCGGCCGGAAGAAGGAUGGUUCAGCAGACAAAGAGACUCCUAAUGGGAAACCUCAUCGAGCCUCAAACUUACCGGACACAGCCGCAGUGAUCUUAGCAGUGGAGUCCGAAGAGGAGAGUGACAGCUCGGAGACAGAGAAGGAGGAUGAUGAGGGCAUUGUCUUUGUGGCCCGGGCCACCAAUGAGGUUUUCCGAGAACACAAGGUGCCAGGGAGCAUGGAGGUGUGCCCAAGCCCAUGCAUCAUUCCCCCCUCACCAACUUGUGCUGAGAAGGAGCUGCCCUGGAAGAGCGGGCAGGGGGACCUGGCAGUGUACGUGUCAUCAGAGACCACCAAGAUUGUGCCUGUGGACAUGCAGACGGGUUGGAACCAAAGCAUUUCAUCCCUGGAGAGCCUGGCGUCUCCCCCCUGUGCCCAGGCUGCCCUGAGAGCAGCCCACCCUCUGGCCUGCCCCCUGCCUCGGGGAGACGAGCUCCGGGACCCCCUGGCAGCUCUUGUUACUCCAUCACCUGAAUCCCAUGCUGGCUUUACCUUCACCCCCAGCCUUGCCAAGGCAGGCCGCUCCCGUAGCGAGAGCAGCGCAGAUGCCCCCGAGCAGCAGGAACUGCAGCCACUGAUGGCACCGGAGGACCGUGGGUGCCUCAGUCCAGGCACUGCCAAUGCCCGAUGGCUUAUCCAGUUCAACAGAGCUGGUCGGCUGUAG